AUGGGGCAUUUGUCAUUUCAAGCGGCGCAUGGGAUCGUGUGGCCCACUUACGUCGUUUUGCUCAUUACUGCUUCGAUAGUAGCAUACUGGAAGCGAGACUCGAAGACUUUUUUGUCGGCGAACGGGACUCAGAAAGGUGUUCCAUUGGCGUUUAACUUCGUCGCGUCGGCAUUGGGAUGCGGUGUGUUAAGUGCGUACCCGCAAAUCGCUAACAUCGACGGGCUCCAGGGCCUGCUCGUCUACGCAUUGGCGGGUGGACUUCCCAUGUUUCUGUUUGCGUUUUUUGGCCCACAGCUCAAGAAACGUGCUCCUGAGGGCUUUGUUCUGACCGAGUGGGUUUUCCAGCGGUAUGGCAAAGUGUGCGGGCUUUAUUUGAGUGCGUGCACGAUUUUGACCGUCUACCUGUUCAUGGUGAGCGAGAUCGCGUCGCUCAAAUACGCGAUUGAAACUUUGACCAACAUCAAGGCUCUCCCUGUGGUGAUCGUGGAAUGUAUCGUUACGACCAUUUACACCAGCAUCGGUGGGUUCCACAUCUCGUUCCUCACGGACACUCUUCAGGUGGGUAUCGUGUUUGUGCUUUUGAUCGUGGUCGCAUGCGCAAUGGGCCGCUACGUCGAGAUCGACCGUUCCAAGAUCGGGCCCUCGGGCCUGCUCAAGGGCAACAAGCUCGGCUGGCAACUCGUGUACAUCUUGGUGGUGGCCAUCUUCACCAACGAUUUCUUUAUGAGUGGGUUCUGGCUACGUACGUUCGCGGCCCGUUCCAACAAGGACCUGAUAAUGGGUUGCAGUAUCGCAUUCUUCGUUUUGACCGCCUUUGUCACCGUGGUCGGUGUCACGGGUUUCAUCGCCGUUUGGGCUGGACUUGUCGAGGUCGCUGACCAAGAAAAUUCGGGCGCCUGUUUUUUCAUUCUUUUGGCGCAAUUACCCUCGUGGGUCAUGGGAUUCACACUGGUCUUCGUCGCGGUUUUGUCAACGUGUACUUUGGACUCUCUGCAAAGUGCCCUCGUUUCUACGAUCUCGAACGACGUCUUCCGCAACAAACUACCCAUCAUCUACGUGCGUAGUAUUGUCGUGGCCAUUAUGGUACCUGUUGUGGUCGUCGGUCUGAUCGCUGAGGACGUUUUGACCAUUUACCUGAUCGUUGACCUUUUGUCCAGUACCGUGGUGCCGAUUUUGAUGCUGGGUCUUUCGUCCAAAUUUUUUUUCCUCACCGCCUGGGAAGUCAUCGGCGGCGGUCUUGGCGGUAUCCUAGCCGUGUGGAUUUUUGGUACCGUAUACUACAACUCUCCAAAAGAGGGUGGAAGACUGCUGUUGAUUUGGAAUGGCCUCUACGUUAACGACUGGUCGACUUUCGGAGCUUUCGUUGUUGCACCUUUUGGCGGUGUUCUAGCCGGUUUCCUCGUGCUUGCAGCUCGUUCUGCGAUCCGCUACGUGUACUGCAAACACAAGGGCAUCGAAUUCGAUGUUUUCACCAAAAAGCCCACACUCCCUGCCGAAGGUUCUCAUCUUCUCGAGGUGGACUCCUCCAAAAAGGGUCAAUACACAAGCGAAUCUCUCGAGGUGAACGACUCCGCAUAA